GAGUAGUGAGAGCACGCAGUACUAGAAACUGGAGGCAACGUUGGUUGAGUAUCCCUCAGUUGCACUUUCAGACAUUGGAAUUACAGCAGCAGUACCUUUUCUUAAUAGAGGGACAACCAACCAUGGCGGGACUUGAAUAAAGACGCGAGUCGAGCGAUAUUCGCCCAAACACUUUCCGCAUUUCUAUUUCAUACUCAAGUCGCUCCUCUUUUGCCCAAUGCAUCGGCGCUCUGUGGAGAAAGGACCGUGUUGAAACACUUUACUGGACUCAGUGAGAAGAAGAGAAGAGAAAGCCAAGUAAUUUUAAAGCAGAAUGGCGGACCGUGAUACGUUACCCCUUCCUUUGGAGGUGCGAACCAGACUUGCAGAGCUGGAACUGGAGUUAUCAGAGGGUGACAUCACACAGAAAGGCUAUGAAAAGAAGAGGUCCAAAUUAAUUGGGGCCUUCCUCCCUCAGGCACCAGGGAUGGACCCUUCUGUGCCCCACGAGAGGAGAACCCCCGUCACUCCUGGCUCCUCCUCUCGCUACCACCGCCGCCGCUCCUCUGGCUCCCGGGACGAACGCUACAGAUCAGAUGUCCACACAGAGGCUGUGCAGGCGGCUCUGGCCAAACAGAAGGAGCGUGGUAAGAUGGCAGUACCCAUGCCCUCCAAGCGCCGCUCCCUGGUCGUGCAGUCCUCCAUGGAUGCCUACACUCCCCCAGACACGUCGUCGGGCUCGGGCGAGGGCUCCAUGCAGGGUGAAGGCACACCCACCUCCAGCCAGAGCAGCAUCAACAUGGAGAACUGGAUCAGCCGAGCCAUCCACGGCUCCACCACCUCCUCCACCACCUCCUCCUCUUCCACUCAGAGUGGAGGGAGCGGGGCAGCCAGCCGGCUAGCAGACGUCAUGGGCCAGACGCACCUCGGGCCCAUUGCUCACCUCUCUCUGAAGAGGAAAACUAGGAAGGUCCUGGGUCCUCCGGCCCCAGUCACAGUAGAGAAUGGGAACACAGGUCCAGGUCCUGUGGUGCGCCGGUCUUGUGAGUUUGGAUCAGAGCUCGUCUGGCAACAGCCCCCUCUGGAGAAGCAGGAGAACCACUCUGCCCCUCCAGAUGUCACCAGCUACACCACAGACUCCAUACAGGUGGAGAGACCCCAGGGCUCCACCACAACAUCCAGGUCCACGCCCAAAUAUGGUAAUGCAGAGCUCAUGGAGACCGGAGAUGGCGUUCCAGUAGGUGGCCGAGUGUCAGCCAAGAUCCAACAGCUAGUCAACACGUUGAAGAGACCCAAACGACCUCCCUUAAGAGAGUUCUUCGUUGACGACUUCGAAGAACUCCUAGAGGUCCAACAGCCAGACCCCAACCAGCCCAAAGCGGAGGGGGCUCAGAUGCUGGCGAUGAGGGGGGAGCAGCUAGGGGUGGUCACUAACUGGCCCAUGUCGCUGGAGGCUGCCCUGCAGAGGUGGGGCACCAUCUCUCCCAAAGCCCCAUGCCUCACCACUAUGGACACCAACGGAAAACCACUGUACAUUUUAACCUACGGAAAACUCUGGACGCGGAGUAUAAAGGUGGCCUAUAACAUCCUCCACAAGCUGGGGAGCAAGCAGGAACCCAUGCUCAGACCUGGAGACCGGGUGGCUCUGGUCUUUCCCAACAACGACCCGGCUGCCUUCAUGGUUGCCUUUUAUGGCUGCCUCCUGGCGGAGGUUGUCCCUGUGCCAAUCGAAGUGCCACUUACGAGAAAAGAUGCAGGGAGCCAGCAGAUAGGCUUUCUGCUGGGGAGCUGUGGGGUGACGGUUGCCUUGACGAGCGACGCCUGCCAUAAAGGCCUUCCUAAGAGUCCCACGGGGGAAAUUCCACAGUUCAAAGGCUGGCCAAAGCUGCUGUGGUUUGUGACUGAAUCCAAGCACUUAUCCAAACCCCCCAGAGACUGGUUCCCACAUAUCAAGGAUGCGAAUAACGAGACGGCCUAUAUUGAGUAUAAGACGUGUAAAGAUGGCAGUGUGCUGGGAGUGACGGUGAUGAGGAUCGCUCUGCUGACUCACUGUCAGGCCCUCACCCAAUCCUGUGGAUACACAGAAGCUGAGACCAUAGUGAAUGUAUUAGACUUUAAGAAGGACGUGGGGCUGUGGCAUGGCAUUCUCACUAGUGUGAUGAACAUGAUGCAUGUUAUCAGUAUACCAUACUCCCUGAUGAAGGUCAACCCACUGUCCUGGAUCCAGAAAGUGUGCCAAUACAAAGCGAAGGUGGCGUGUGUGAAGUCCCGAGACAUGCACUGGGCCUUGGUGGCACACAGGGACCAGAGGGACAUCAACCUGAGCUCACUACGCAUGCUGGUGGUGGCCGAUGGAGCCAACCCCUGGUCCGUCUCGUCGUGUGAUGCAUUCCUCAAUGUCUUCCAGAGUAAGGGGCUGAAGCCGGAGGUUAUCUGUCCCUGUGCCAGCUCCCCAGAGGCCCUCACUGUAGCCAUCAGGAGGCCGACAGACGACAGUAACCAGCCCCCAGGAAGAGGAGUACUGUCCAUGCAGGGUCUGAGUCACGGGGUCAUCCGGGUGGACUCUGAGGAGAAGCUGUCUGUUCUCACCUUGCAGGAUGUCGGCACUGUCAUGCCAGGAGCUCUCAUGUGUGUAGUGAAACCAGAUGGGGUUCCGCAGUUAUGCAAAACAGAUGAGAUCGGGGAGCUGUGUGUGGGUUCUAUUGCCACGGGGACGUCGUACUACGGUCUCUCAGGCAUGACCAAGAACACCUUUGAGGUGUUCCCCAUGAACAGUGUUGGGGCUCUCAUCAGUGAGUACCCCUUCACCAGGACAGGCUUGCUGGGCUUCGUGGGUCCUGGGGGACUGUGCUUCAUCGCUGGCAAGAUGGACGGCCUCAUGGUGGUGGGGGGAAGGAGGCACAACGCUGACGACAUCGUGGCUACAGCCCUGGCUGUGGAGCCCAUGAAGUUUGUCUACAGGGGGAGGAUAGCAGUGUUCUCCAUCUCUGUGUUACAUGAUGAGAGGAUCGUGGUGGUGGCAGAGCAGAGACCUGACUCUACAGAGGAGGACAGCUUUCAGUGGAUGAGCAGAGUGCUGCAGGCCAUAGAUGGGAUCCACCAGGUGGGGGUGUAUUGCCUGGCCCUGGUCCCCUCCAACACGCUUCCUAAAACCCCUCUGGGGGGAAUCCACCUGUCAGAGAGCAAGCAGCUGUUCCUGGAGGGCUCCCUGCACCCCUGCAACGUCCUCAUGUGUCCCCAUACCUGUGUCACCAACCUGCCCAAGCCCCGGCAGAAACAACCGGAGAUCGGGCCUGCCUCUGUGAUGGUGGGGAACCUGGUGUCGGGGAAGAGGAUUGCCCAGGCUAGCGGCAGGGACCUGGGCCAGAUGGAAGACAAUGAUCAGGCAAGGAAGUUCCUCUUCCUCUCUGAAGUGUUACAAUGGAGGGCCCAGACCACUCCGGACCAUGUGCUUUACACACUUCUCAACUGCAGGGGGACGAUAGCCAGCUCUCUGACAUGUGUCCAAUUGCAUAAGAGAGCAGAGAAGAUUGCCACCAUGCUGGCGGAGCGAGGACACCUGCAGGACGGGGAUCACGUUGCGCUCGUCUACCCCCCUGGGAUUGACCUGAUCGCAGCGUUCUACGGGUGCCUGUAUGCGGGCUGCGUGCCAAUCACUGUGCGACCUCCGCACCCCCAGAACAUAGCCACCACUCUGCCCACAGUGAAGAUGAUCGUGGAGGUGAGCCGCUCGGCAUGUAUGAUGACCACAGCGGUGAUCUGUAAACUGCUGAGGUCGAAGGAGGCCUCAGCAGCAGUGGACGUCAGGUCCUGGCCUCCUGUCCUGGACACAGACGAUCUGCCAAAGAAGAAACCUCCAUUGUUGUACAAGCCCUCCAACCCAGACACACUGGCCUACCUGGACUUCAGUGUGUCCACCACAGGGAUGCUAGCAGGAGUGAAGAUGUCUCAUACUGCCACCAGUGCCUUCUGCCGUUCUAUCAAGCUGCAGUGUGAGCUGUACCCCUCCCGUGAGGUGGCUAUCUGUCUGGACCCCUACUGCGGCCUGGGCUUCGUCCUCUGGUGCCUUUGCAGUGUGUACUCCGGCCACCAGUCGAUCCUGAUCCCGCCUUCGGAGUUGGAGGUGAACCCUGCUCUGUGGCUGCUAGCUGUCAGUCAGUACAAGGUCAGAGACACCUUCUGCUCCUACAGCGUCAUGGAGCUUUGCACCAAGGGCCUGGGCCUGCAGACCGAAUCCCUCAAGUCUCGGGGCCUGGACCUGUCGCGGGUCAGGACGUGUGUGGUGGUGGCGGAGGAGAGACCCAGGAUAGCUCUGACUCAGUCCUUCUCCAAGCUCUUCAAAGACCUGGGCCUCCACCCCCGAGCAGUCAGCACCUCGUUCGGCUGCAGAGUCAACCUGGCCGUCUGUCUGCAGCCUCACAGGCUGGGGAAGCUUGCUGACCAGGGAACUUCAGGACCAGACCCAACCACUGUGUAUGUGGACAUGAGAGCGCUGAGGCACGACAGGGUUCGUCUGGUAGAGAGAGGUUCUCCACACAGUUUACCACUCAUGGAAUCUGGAAAAAUUCUACCUGGGGUUCGAAUUAUCAUCGCUAACCCGGAGACCAAGGGACCGCUGGGUGACUCGCAUCUUGGAGAGAUCUGGGUGUGCAGUGGACACAAUGCCAGCGGCUACUUCACAGUGUAUGGAGACGAGGCCCUGCAGUCAGACCACUUUACCUCCCGUCUGAGCUUUGGAGACACACAGACAAUCUGGGCCCGCACCGGAUACCUGGGCUUCCUCAGGAGGACCGAACUGACUGAUGCCAGCGGGGAGCGACACGAUGCCCUGUACGUGGUGGGGGCGUUGGAUGAGGCCAUGGAGCUGAGGGGAAUGAGGUACCACCCCAUCGACAUCGAGACCUCCGUUAUCAGGACGCAUAAGAGCAUCACAGAAUGUGCGGUGUUCACGUGGACCAACCUCCUGGUGGUGGUGGUGGAGCUGGAUGGGUCGGAGCAGGAGGCCCUGGACCUGGUGCCCCUGGUGACCAACGUGGUUCUGGAGGAACACUACCUGAUCGUGGGGGUGGUGGUGGUGGUGGACAUUGGGGUCAUCCCCAUCAACUCCCGGGGGGAGAAGCAGAGGAUGCACCUCCGGGACGGCUUCCUGGCCGACCAGCUGGACCCCAUCUACGUGGCCUAUAACAUGUAGCCUGCCAGCUGGAGACCUACUAGACCAUAGACAAGGCCUUGAACCGACGGGCCGAGCUUUAUGUACAUACUGCAAUGCAACAGGACCUCUGGUCUCUGAGGAGGGGGAGAGGACGUGAGUCCUGGACCCAGGCGCUCGCCUAGUUUGUGGGACGUUGUCGCUAGUUCAAAACAAAAACGCCUAGAAUUGUCAGGUACAGGAGACUGGUUAGUGUAGUGAAAGAUUGGAAUGGAAGGAGCUCUGUGUGUCGAUGAUGGGAGAGUGCCAGUCUAGUUUAUUAGAUUUUAGCUUUUUUGGUUAUUGCUUUAAGUGUGUAUAUAUUUUCAUGUUACGUAUUGCUGAAGUCGCUCGUUUUUUUUUAUCUGCCCUCUAAGAGGUUAGGGUAUUUUUUAAGAAUAUUUACAAGCUGUGGCAAAUGGUAUUUUAUGUUGACCUUUUUUUUUAUAUCAGUCAUUACAAAUACAGAUAUGUUUUGAUACAGGACAUAUCAAUUUUGUGCUUGAACUUUACAAUAUGAGGUACAACAUAUUUUACAAUUACGUUUUUAGUUCUGUGCUAACAUUUAUUUUUUUGUGACAACUGUCCCAACUACAAGGGAAACCAGUGAGAAACCAGUGUGAUUAUUUCAACUACAGCAGCCUUUUACUCAGUUGUCAUGUUCAAUAUCAUUAUCCUUCAAUUGAAGGAAAACACUAUGUUAUUUCAUAUCAUGUAAGUAUGUACAAAAACUGAUUUUAAUUUAUUUUGUUCACUUUAGAAGUAUAUGAGAGAGGACAUUCAAGAAUGUUUUAAUCUUGAAUAUUUGCUAAUAUAAAAACAAAGCAUUGUAUUAUCUUGAGUGAAUACUAGUAUCACAUCAAGUAUAUCAAAUAUAGAUCUAUAUUAAUUAAAAAGACCUAGGAUUCACCAAGGAAAAUGUGUGCAGUUAUUGAGAGGACAGUCUGAAUCCUUAUAGUCAUCCCCUUUUAUGUCCUUCAAACAACGCAACAUCUUCAGCUCUUUGUACGUCAGACAUCAUGCAAGUUGAGAAGUACUGCAUUUCAGAGACAAACAGCUCUGAAAAGAUCAAAAGCACUUUUUGAGAAAUGUCUGUGAGAAGGAUGAUGGUACAAACGUCUCCGGCGGGAGUGAUGAUGAGUAUAUCUUUGUGCUGGCAUGUCAAACACUUGUUUCUGAAACAACAGGUUGGAGAUCUUCACCAGAAUUUAAUAAAAAGUUUAGUCCUUAAUAUUUUUACAUUGAGAGACCAAUCAGGGCUCCUAUAUUGAUGUCAGAGGGGAAAAUUACAAGACAACACUUUUACGGAAACCCUUUAGAGGAAUAAAUCUUGAGGCAACUAUCAUAAGGUGGAAGAGCAGUUUUGGGGGAGAGUGAAACCUUAAAUCUGUGUGGAAACAUACAUGAUUUGAUGGUAAAGUUCAUGGCUAAGAAUGUUUUAGUUCAACACAUUAGAAUCUUUAAAAGCACUUUCCUAGUAUCUACACAGCAUUCUUUUUAUUGGCAAGAAUGACCCUGACUUUUUUUUUUAUAUAAAAAAAUGUCUGAACUGUGUUGGCAUAAGUCUUUCAAUUAAAUAAAUAUUUCAAUGA